AUGAGAAUCGCUGCUCAGACAGUCGUCGGGUGGUUGGUAUUUCUGGCCCUAAUAAAAAAUUAUUCAACGUAUAACCUAAACCCCUUUGACCUAACACCCAGUGAGCUGACAGCUAAAGAGGGGUCGUGCGCUGAGAUCAAAUGUACAGUCUCAAAUACUGUUAAUGAUGAUGAUGGUGCAUACUGGUUUUGGAUGAAGGACGGAAAAUGGAAUGACACUGGUAAAGAUUUUACCGGCACCAUCAUUUACAGCUCAAAUUUCUCAAGACGUCUUGUCAGUCCAGACUUUGAAGGCCGAGUCAAAUAUAUCGGCUCUCCAUCUUCACGUUGGAGAAACUCAAACAAACAAUCAUGCAGUAUUUUGAUCUGCGACCUGAAAAAAAGAGACAGAGGAGAGUAUUCUUUCAGAUUUGUGGGAAAAAAAAAAUGGAUAACUAAAAAAAAUGUGUCCCUCAAUGUUGAAGGUAUGCCUCCCUAUCAUGUUCUAUUUCCCUAUGAGAAUCCAUGCCUGCUCACUUUUCAGAAACCACCUGCCGUGAACGAAUCUGACACAAUAACACUCACGUGCUCCACUUUGAGAUCAUGUAAAUCAAGGCCACAAAUUCAAGAUUUGGCACAAUCACCCCAAACACAGUUCAAUAAUGUUCAACAAAAUGAGAAGAGCACCACAGUCAGCUUUACAGCGCGCUUGCAGGAUGAUGGGAAGGAGUUUUCAUGCCAAACAGAGGAUAACACGGACAAAUAUUCUAUUCAGAAUAUUUCUGUAACUGUUGAAUAUGCUCCUAAAGACAUAUCGGCUCAGAGCACUCAAAUUGUCAAGGAAGGAGAUUCAGUGGCUCUCAGGUGCUCUGCCAAAGGAAAUCCUAAGCCCAACAUUACCUGGUUUAAAGAAAAAGACAUACAGUCCUCACAGCCCGUAUGGACCAUCACGUCAAUUCAGGAGUCACAGAGUGGAAGUUACUACUGUAAAGCUCAGAACAAAUAUGGAACAAUUAUAUCAAAGUCAAUCACUAUUACUGUUAGAUAUGUGCCUCGUGUUGAGAUAAAGAAGACCUCACCCAUGUCAGACGUUAAAGAAGGAGAUAAAAUGUUUUUAAUAUGUAAUGUGAUUAGAAGCUACCCACAGCCUUCCACGUACAAUUGGUUUAAAAAUGGAACACAUAUUGAUCAGAAGCAAUCAUAUGUUGUAGAAACUAUCAAGCCUGAGAACAGAGGCUCUUACACAUGUGAAGCCACUAACGAUGUGGGUACCGGAACAUCAAAACCACUUCUAAUCAGUGUUCAAUACAGGCCGACGAGUACGAGCAUUUUCAUCCCUGACAACAAAGUGAAAGUUGGUGAAUUCCUCAAAGUCACCUGUAACACUGACGCCAAUCCUGAGCCGCACACGUACUCCUGGCACCGUUACAGCCAAAAUAAACAGAUUGACUCCUCACGGUGGAAAUCUAGCACAGGCCAUGACAACAGCCAAUAUUUGGCGAGUGUUCAAAGAGCAGAUGAAGCCUGUUACACCUGCAACGCCACCAACUCCAUUGGAACGGGGGAUGAUAGUCAGCCAGUGUGCAUAGAUGUACUGUACCCUCCCACCGAGCCCACACUGUCUAUGGCUGAUGAGGUCACUGAAGGUCAUACCGUCACCAUUACCUGCACAGUUGAAAGUAACCCACCGUCCACCCUCACCUUGAGAAGGACUUCCACAUCAAAUCCUCAGUUUUUAGAAAUCCAUAAAUCCAUAAAUGAUCAACCCCACGUCAGCACUCUCCACCACUUCUUUAAUGUAACGUCAGCGGACACUGGCUCUUACUCCUGCAGGGCCGUGAACAGCGAAGGUUCAAAGGAGAGCAAACAAAGGAAGUUGCUGGUGAAAUAUAUUCCCAAAGACGUGACAGUAAAACCUCUGUCCGGUCUUAUUGUGAAUGAAAAUGCGCCGUUGAAAUUGUCCUGUGAUGCCCAGUCCUACCCAUCAGUGACCUCUUUCACCUGGAGGAAGACUGAUGGGAACCAUGAAACCCACCAGACGACUCAGACCCUCACCAUAAAGUCUGCCAGUCCGUCUGACAGCGGACUGUACAGCUGCGAAGCCACCAAUGAAAUUGGAACUGGAAAAUCUCAGCCAGUUCAGGUUCAAAUCAAAUACGGCCCAAAACACACAACUAUCACGAUAACAGCAGCAAAGCAGGAGCGUGACGGGAGGCACUCCAUGACGCUGACCUGCAGCAGUCACGGCUACCCCCAAGUCAAGUACUCAUGGAUGAAACAGGGCAAGGAAACCAAUAAAAAUGUGGCUAACAGUCAAAACUACAAGGUGUACUCAGACAACCCAGGCGUCUACUACUGCAUCGCAGAAAAUGAAAUGAACCGAAAAUCAUCUGACCCUGUCCACGUGUUUGACCGAGACCUAAAGAAGAUCCUGAUGGUCUCCUUUCUCUGUUUUUUUAUCGUGCUCAUUAUUUUCUCAAUUUUAAUUGUUUACAGACACAGGAGAAAAAAAUCAAUUCAACAAGGAACUACAAACACACAACCCUUAGUUGGCUUUUUGGGUUGGUGGAAUGGCACGAGGAGGGGGAAUCUGACGAAUGAGACUGUCUUGACAGAGCCGUCCAGGAGCAGGGAUGACCUCUUGCCAGACCAGCCGUUCCGUCCAAGGGCCCAACAACGCCAGCCUGGUCCAGACAGCACGCCUGCAUCCAACAUCAACAGUGUUUACUGCACUGUGAAUCUGCCCCACGGAAAACUGGCUCCCGCAGCACAAAAACCCACAGGACAGCAAGGUGGACACACACAGGAUGAUUCUCUCAACUAUGCUUCUCUGCACUUUUGGAAUAAGCCAAAUAACCGACAGGGGGAAGCAGAAGAGGAUGUGUACACAAAGGUGUCCAAACCAAAGCCACAUCAAAAGAAUGAACAAAGCAGGCUGGAGGACUAUGAAAACUUCACUGUAGCAAUUGCACCCAAAUCUCCAAACCCAUUAACCGAUGACUCAGACACCAGUGACGAUGAAGUGGAUGUCAACUAUUCACAGGUGAGCUUCAAGCCAAAGCCAGGACAUCAGAGAGUCGACACAGACUCCAGCACCUCUGACGAAGAUGAGAUUCACUACUCUGAUGUCAAAGUCUGACUCAAGAUAUUCUUAUCCUACUUUACAUACUGGUGGGAUGCUAAUGGUAAAUUUACAAUAACUUUAUCUUCCAACCAACAUAAGUGAGCAGAGAAGUUGAAAUUGUUAGCUAAAAGUAACAAACGGUUGAAAUAGCAAGAUGUAAAGGACAAAUGGUUGAAAUGUCCAUCUUUUGAAACUUAAAAUGGUAGCAGUACAAAUGCAAAACGGUUGUAACAAUACCACUUUUACAUACUUUAUGGUGUUAAACAUCAUCCAGUUAUUAAUCCAUUCAUAUGAACAUGGUGUAUUUGCAAAAUGAUGGCAGUGAAGACUCGAGCUCAUGGGAUGGGCUGUGGGGUGAGUCAGAUAAAAAAUGUUGGGGAACCUCUACUCUUUAGUUUUGUUUGUUUUUUUCAUUCCUAAAAUAUCAGUUUCAGUGCAUUGCUGCUUUCCAUUAUUGUGAAUUUAAUCCAAACCCACAGUACCUGAAAUGUAAAUAUGGGUCAGUUAUUACUGAUUUCUUUGUUCAAACUCAGUUGUUAUAAAAGAAAAUAUAUGGGGACAAAUGUAUUUUAAAGUUUAUUGACAUUACUGUGAAGUUUGUGAACACGGCUCCAGCACAAAAUGACAUGGCUGUAAUGAGGCUUGUUUCUGAAGUAUGCAUGUCGAAAUGAUGUACUAUAUGCAAAAUGCUCCAUUUCAUAACCCGCUUUGACUGUAGCUCCGGUGCGGCUGUCUACUGAAGUGCAGCAAGAUUUACUUUUUUGUUUUGUUUAUAAGCACAAACAUAUUUAUGUAUUCUAAUAA